CUUUGAAUUUAACCGAGCCGGCCGCUUUUUCUCCCGCGUCUUCUCCAAAACGCUGCCCUUCACCCUAAAAACGACACAGCCUGACGCACCCACCUUGACCGUUCAUCCAGACCGGAGACGCUCCUCCAUUCUCCAUUCUCCAUUUUCAAUCGUCUUCCCCGUCCCAAUAGUCCAUCUCCUCCGCUCAACCGACCCAUACAUCCAUCUCCACCAACUAGCUCAUAGGAUCACUCCCACAGAACCUCAACUCGACCGGAAGCCCACCGGACAGGCUCCCAUCUCCAUCGAUUUCAGUUGAUAAACGAGACACCACGCAAUCCUCAACAAAUCCUCGCCUCCCCUUCUCAUCCUCGAAGCCAUAAUCCCAUCGACAGCCCUCACGAAGACCCAAUCCCUCACCACAGACCCACGCCGGCUUUGGCUCCACGCUGUAGUCUCAGACUCUCUCCCCUCAUCCAUUCGAGCUGGAAAUAUCACCAAAUCAGCGUAGCACCUAUGUUCCGAAAGGUACCAGCAUUUCAGGCCACUCGAAACUGAGUACCCAUUUGUUCUCAGACAGCGGCGUUACACCCGAGCAGGACAGAUUUCCCUUCAGCUGCCCCACCAUCAGUUUUUCGGGUCAAGGAUUUGGGUUCCUUUCAAUGUCUCUUCGAAAACCACCACUUCCUCGAAUCCUCCUUGACAAUGUCUCGUGCAUGAGAAAUGCCCAACAAAUCUUGCGACAUGUAAAUGUCUCCGUUCAUGAUGGAGGGGCACUAGUUCUUACAGGCAGCAAUGGAUCGGGCAAAACCACUUUCUUGCGAAUGCUAGCUGGGUUCUCUAAGCCAUCUGGUGGUCAGAUCCUUUGGAAUGGUCAUGAUGUGACAGAAUCUGGAGUCUUCCACCAGUACAAGCUUCAGCUCAACUGGCUCUCACUGAAAGAUGCUAUCAAAGAAAAGUUUACUGUCCUUGACAAUGUUCAGUGGUUUGAGGUUCUUGAAGGCAAGCAAGGGAAUUCUCUGCCAGCUCUUGAGUUGAUGGGGCUUGGAAGAUUGGCAAAUGACAAGGCAAGAAUGCUGUCAAUGGGCCAGCGAAAGAGGCUGCAGCUUGCAAGGUUGCUGGCUAUUGACCGGCCAAUUUGGUUGCUUGAUGAGCCUUCUGUUGCAUUAGACGAUGAGGGAGUGAAGUUGCUCGAGUACAUUAUUGCAGAGCAUAGAAAGAAGGGAGGAAUUGUGUUUGUUGCAACACAUCUGCCGAUUGAGAUUGAAGAUGCAAUGCAUCUAAGACUGCCACCUAGGUUCCCCAGAAGGAUGACUUUGGUAGAUAUGCUUGAUCGUGCAGACAUCUCAUGAAACAGGAGACGAUAUCUUGCUUCCGAAACUCAGCAGUUGAGAUUGAGCUUCGCAGGUGAGAUGUUCUGGACUGGAGCGGCCCGCAUCAUUUGAGAUGAAGACACACAUGAAGGAUUUAAACUCUGAAUAAAAUGGAUUGUUUAUCUAUUUGUUGUUGGAAACUUGUUUGAAAAUAUCUAUUCUGUCUUCUCCAACGAACUGGAAGAUUGGAUCCAUGAGGAGAAAUAAAGAAUGAAAAAUUAAAUAUUGAA